CCCCCCGUCCAUGUCAGCUCGAUCCCCGUUCCCUCCCCGUUUCUCCCGCUCCCGUCGCCUGGUUCCCAGUUGGCCCAUUUGGCUGCUGCUCAUCUGUCCAUCUGUUCAUCUGACAUCCAGUCGAAUCUCAGUCUACCUGCCCUCUCUCACUCUCACUCCCCCACAUCUAUACAACAAUCCGAUUGUUGGCUGUUUUGCCCUGGAGGCUCAUUAAUGUCGUGUUGUUCCUGCAUCUGUGCCUCGCAGACAUUGUUUCUCUUGUUCCUCUCCCCUUUCCACUCUCACACCUCGGCCGAGAUACGUGCAAACUGAACCCUGCCUGCCCCUCACAACGAAGCUCCUCACGCCCGCCUUGCCCUAUCCAUCUGCCUGCCGCCUUGUCUGCCUAGCUGCUACUUGGGGGACAGACGACCUCUCAUAUCCGUCUUACGUAUUCAACCCCAACCUAUCUUGGCUGAAUCUUACCCACCUCUCCUGCAACUACCAACGACUCUACGGAUACCCUUCCCCUCAAACACUUCAUUGUCCGUCCGAGGGGGUGCCUAGAGUCCCUCAAGUCUGAGCCUUAUCCCGUCUUCCCGCAACCGCAUUCCCUGCCGCGCAUGGGCCACGCCGGCUAGGCCAACAUCGUCAAUCCCUUCCUUUGCUUGAUGGGAGACCGCCGCGUCCGCGGCUCGGAGGAGCCGUCGGAGGAAAAGACGGAACCAUUCUCACAGACUGAAAUCGACGCGCGCAUGAGGAGCAUCCGCGUCGAGGAGUCCUUCGACCUCGUCCAGGCCGAUCCCGUGCCGCUUGACAAGCUGCGCGUUGAGGAGCACCACCACGAGCAGGGCAUCCGCAUCCUCGUCCGACCCCUCACCCGGAGCCGCUCCGUGAGCCCGGGCAACUACAACUGCCAGUGGCUCGCCCUCCGCGCCGAGGUCGCCUCCGAGAAGGAGCCCCAGCACAAGGUUCUCGCCGUCUCCCAGACGUCCCGGGACAUCAAGUUUUCCGUGCGCAUCCCUCCGGAGCGCCUCGACGACAACACUCCACGCCCACCCUUGUGGUGCGAGCUCUACUACGACCCGGCCAGCGACAACCAGAUCCUGCUAAACCGUUCAGAGGUGCCCAUCUCAUUAACGAGGAUCUCCGACGGCCCCGCCUCCAGCGUCAGUUGGGCCGUCAAUCCGGGAACCCCAAAGGCCCUGUCGCCGGGCACAUGGCGCAUCAACGUGCGCGACAUUGAAGUUCUCGACUUUAGGAUCUUGGAGAAGCGGCCCGCCUUCUUCAAGCUCGCCGAGCCUGCCGUCAAAGACGAGGCCCUUUCCAACUCGGAUGCGGACGCCAUCAACGCUUCCGGCAAGCGGUCUUUCACCGCCGAGCACGAGGGCUCGCGAUCGGAAAAGAAGGCGCGCACCACGGACGAGGUCGGCAUGAAUGCGAAGAAAGACAAGGAAGACGGCGUCAUCAUGUUCCUCCGACCGGCAGCCGAGCCCCUCGUGUUCCCCCUCCCGACCGAGGCUAAGAGCAGAGACGUAGUGCCGACCAACGGCCACGCGCUGCUCGACAUGCAACGAGAAGAGGCUGUGGUCAUCCCCGGCGGGUGUGAGAUAGACGAGUACACGGUCACGAAGCGCGACCAGAUCGCGUCGACGACGCUCUCGUCCGUCUUCAUCGCCGAGCACUCCAACGUGCCCGACGGCAUCGUCACGGUCAAGGUGCUCAAGACGCGGUCUGCCAACGCCAACGGCAAGCCGCAGGACAACGAGCGCAACGUAAUCCGGCAGGCCGACAUGUGGCUGCGCGAGUACCAGAGCCAGGACGACCUGCGCCACCACUCCAUCGUCAAGCUUUACGGCGGCGACGCGCGCUACCUCUCGCUCUACAUGGAGCACGUCGACGCCAAGGACCUCUCGGCCAAGGGCGUGUGGCGCUCGCACGUCGACCACGGCUUCCUCGGCGACCGCUCCGACGCCUUCGCCAUCCUGCGCGACAUCAGCGGCGCCCUGAACUACCUGCACGGCAAGUCUCUCGUGCACAACGACAUCAAGCCCGCCAACAUCCUCUACUCGCCCGCCCGCGGCGCCGUGCUCUGCGACUUUGGCCUGUCGACGCACACGAGCGGGUCCGUCACGACGGGCGGCACCCCCUACUACAUCCCGCCCGAGUUCAUCGGCAAGAAGCUGCGCGGCCCGCCCUCGGACGUCUGGGCCCUCGGCGUCACCAUGCUAUACGUUCUUGGCAAGAUCCCCUUCCCGGACGCGCGCUCGCGCAAGGCCGCCAACAAGCCGGCGCUGUACUGGAUGAUCGCCGACGUCAACCGGCCGCCUGCGCAGCCGCAGCCGCACCGGCCGGGCCAGCCGUGCAGCCACGCCGUCGACCUGAUGUACGUCUGGCUGAGCGAGGUGGCCGUCGCGAGGGAGAAGCUGUACCCGCGCGACAAGCUCGAGCGGCUCGUGUCGGACAUGCUCAUCGCCGUGCCGAGCCAGCGCAUCACGAUGGCGCGGGUCGUGAGGGAGAUGUAUCUCCUGGAGCAGCAGGCCCUCGCCAAGAGGUGAUUCUGAUGUGAUUGUUUUACUUUUUGUUUUGGACGUUUGCUUUGCAUGAAAGCUAACGCGUGCGUAUUGGAUUAUACGUUAAUGGUUCUGAUUUGCUUUUU